CUUAAAAAAACAGUGAUAUUUGCGCGGUAGGUCAGCGUGCUGCCGUAACAUAAAAUCCAGUUUGUAAAUAAUACUUUCGGUGUUUACUAUGUUGUGGUUAUUAGUGGGUUUAUUAACGUUAUUACUGCUACUGUACCAAUAUGGAACGCGGACUUUCAGCUACUGGUCGAAGCGUGGCGUCAAACACGAUGUUCCCAUACCGUUCUUUGGCACCGCGAAACGGCAGUUUCUCCAGCAGAUAUCCUUUGCCGACAUUUAUGACGAGAUGUACCAGAAGUAUCCUAAUGAAAGAUUCGUCGGAUACUACCUCAUGACAUGCCCGUUGCUGGUUCUAAGGGACCCCGUAUUGGUUAAGCAUGUUUUGGUGUCCGAUUUUAAUUACUUCUAUUCAAGAAACUUGCAUCCGAUCGACGAGAAUCCCGAACUGUUGUUGAACAAUCUGUUCUCGUGUGAAGGUGAUCUCUGGAAGUUGUUGAGGCAGAGGAUGACUCCCGCGUUCACGACCGGCAAGGUGAAGGCGAUGUUUCCCCUGAUCGUGGCGCGCGCCGAGAAGCUGCAGCGAGUGGCGGGGGAGGCGGCGGCGAGCGGCGCCGAGGUGGACGUGCGUGACCUCAUGGCGCGCUACACCACCGACUUCAUCGGCGCCUGCGGCUUCGGCAUCGACACCGACACGCUCAGCGACAAGAACAACAUGUUCAGAAAGCUGGGUAAACGCAUAUUUGUCCAAGAAACGAGAGAUGUUGUCGUAGCCAUCUUUAAAUAUGCUGUGCCGAGCUUGAUGAAAAGCUUCUCCUUCCUGCCACCUAUUGUUGAGAAACUUUCGUUGCAGUUAGUGAUAAGUAUAAUGAAGGAACGGAAUUAUAAGCACUCGGGCAGGAACGAUUUCAUUGAUCUUCUGUUGGAUUUGAAAGAGAAGGGAAAGAUGGUGGGCGAGUCUCUGGAGCGUAAGAAUGCUGACGGGACGCCGUGUGUGGCGGAGCGGGAGAUGGAUGACGACCUGAUAGUGGCUCAAGUGUUAAUCUUCUUCGCGGCCGGGUUCGAGACGUCGUCGUCGGCGACCAGCUACACGCUGCACGAGCUGGCGCACCAUCCCGACCACCAGAGGAGGUGUCAGGAGGAAAUUGAUGCUGUGCUCGCGCGAUAUGAUAAUACAAUAUGUUAUGACGCGAUUAAGGAGAUGAAAUAUUUGGACAUGUGUUUCAGUGAGUCCAUGAGAAUAUUCCCUUCUCUCGGCUAUCUGCAACGCAAGUGCGUGAAACCCUACACCAUCCCGGGCACGGACAUUACCAUCGACCCCGGGGUCAACGUGAUCGUCCCGGUCAAGUCACUGCACCUGGACCCGCAGUUUUUCCCGGACCCGGAGGAGUUCCGCCCGGAACGGUUCCACCCGGACAAUGUGGCUAGCAUCGACAAGUACAUAUAUCUACCCUUUGGGACUGGACCGAGAGCGUGUAUAGGUGAGCGUCUAGGCUACAUGCAAUCUCUGGCCGGGUUGGCCGCGGUCCUGAGUCGCUUCUCCGUAGCGCCCAGCAAGAGUACAAUCCGCAAACCGGCAGUCGACCCUACAAUCAUGUCUGUACAGAGUGUUAAGGGGGGCCUGCCGCUUUCCCUCACCCCCAGGAAGAAGACACUAUAAGGGUCACAGAUAUAGGAAGAUUAAGUGGGAAGGAGGUCGGACAACCGGGCGAUUAGUAUUGAAUACGCCUAUUUAAAGUCACAUACAGGUCGAACGCGAUUAAUUAACAUUAUUUUACCUUUUUUCCCAACGUUUCGGCCAGGUUGCA